AUGGAAACUAUUUUGCUCUUCUUCUCUUCGCUCCUGGUGUGUGUGGCUGCUGUAUCAGAGGACAGUGGGCAAGUUGAGGAGAAGAAGACAGUUGAAAACCCGUUUAUUUAUGACUACGAGACCCUGAGGAUCGGGGGCUUGGCCUUCGCCGUGGUGUUGUUCGCUCUGGGCAUCCUCCUCAUCCUCAGUCGGCGAUGUCGCUGCAGCAUCAACCAGAAGCCCAGGGCGCCCCGAGAUGAGGAGACACAGGAGGAGAACCUGAUCGUCUCCAAGGCUGCAGUUGCUGCCACAGAGACUCCGGCCGAGAACUGA